GUGAAGAUGUUCCAGCUGCUGAUACUUCCAAUGCUCUUCUUGCUUCUCUCCAGGACCUUGGCAGAAGACGAAGUGGAACAGUCUCCCUCACUCAUCAAGGUUGAAGAAGAUGGCACAAUCAAUAUCACCUGCAUUACCAAGGGAGUAUCUCGUGGGCUCUACUUGAAGCGACGUACUGUCAGGCCCAUGAACGUGAUACAUUUAUCAGAUAAAAGCAAAUUAAUCUUUCAUGAAAAUUACAAGAACCGCACCAACAUCUCUGGGUCCUUGAAUAAUUUAACGAUCACAAUAAGCAAUAUAGAACUGAAUGACAUCGAUAUCUAUACCUGUGAAGCCACAGUGUUUGAUAACCUCCAGGGAAACGGCACCAUAUUGAUGGUAACAGAAAAGAAAUGGAAAAAUGUAAACUCGACAAAUCCACCCGUGUCGAUAAAUCCAUGGUUGUGGGUGGUCUUCAUUGUGAUGUCUUUCUUCAUUGGGCUAUUCCUAUGGCCACUGUUAAUGACAAUGAAGAAGCGGGUGUACAAUUUAAGAAGGCCUCAGCACACAUCAUGUAGCGUAUACGAAGACAUGUCCUUUGUCAUUCAACAGAACAAUACAUGCCAUAGCAAUCAGUAUAGCUGACCAGCCUCACUGUGGAGAUCAAGCAAAGAUACCUUCCAAAAAGAACAUUUUCCUCUCCCCUAUUCUGUAACUUCUAUCUGCUGUAACUUCUAUCUGCUGUGGAACUCCACCUUCCACUAGGAAACAGUCGACACAAAUCAUCCCAGAAGAAAGGACAUUAAGUUGUUUAAUGGAUUUUAAAUUCCAUAGGACUAGAAAUGGAAAAGAUCAGGUUCAGCAUAUAUCAACCUACUCCCAUCCCAUUUUCCAGACUUGCCAGAGGUCACACACCUAGCAAUUACCAGAGCUGAGAUCUGCAUCCAGGUCAUGGAAGGGGAAAGGGGACCUUACACUAGCAGAACUGGCUUAAUGACUAGGUGAUGAACCCAUGCUAUCCCAGAGAAGUUUCAUUUCAUCAAUAGUUUCUUCUAUGAUAAACUCCAUACCAAGGGUUAUGAUGGAAUGAGGUGGACCAAAAAUGUAGGUAUCUUCAAUAAGAAACUCCCAUUGAUCCCUAUCCACCUGGAAAUGCAUGGGUCACUCAUAUCUGUGGGUGUGGGGCAGUAGACCAUCACUUUUUUUAACUCAGAGCACACCCUCAACUGGAGCUGUCCCAAGCACAUUGCUAAAGUCCCUACAAGCUGAGGCAGUGAAGAAGAAUCAGCCUGAUUUUCACCAGGGAUGAAAGGGUUUCUUCAAGAUGAAUGUGGCCAGACAAAAGAAUGACAGUGAUUGUGGUGCCUUCAUAUUGCAGUCUUGCAAGUACCUGGUCCUAUCUCAGCCUUUAACUUCACACAUCAGGACAUGCCCAGACUUCAUUGGCAGAUUUACAAAGAGCUUUGUCACUGCAGACUCACUGUAUGAGCAUUGGACCCCAGGCCCCCAACCCUAUAUGAAAGUCAGAGAAGAUCCUUCCCCUCUCUGACCUGCAAAAACCUAUUCCUUUUUUUCCCUGGACCCUGGCACUCCCUCAUGUACCUGUUUGUUUGUCAUAAUUAAAUGUUUCCCUUGGUUUCUGGGGGUGGGGAGAGUCAGAAGGGGGAAAGCAUACUAACAAUGUUACCCCCAAAAAAGUGAAAGAAAAGAAAUGAGGUCAUUGGGCUGUCAUUAAAAAUGUACAAAAGAGAACAGAAUGGAGUUCAGAAGGAAAAAGACAUUGAGAUUUGGGUAUGGGAAAGAGAGCAGUGGUCCAAAAUUAGGCUACAACUAUAGGAAGGAACCAAGAGACUUCAGAGGAAGGACCUGUCUUAAGAUGACAUUCUUUGUGGUGGCACUAUGCUAAGCAAUCUAUUUCCUCACUACUCUAUGUCAUAUUGCUAUAAAUUUGGACCUUUGACAAAUAAGUGCUUUGACAAAAUAAUAAUAAUAAUA